UUCCAUCUGUGCUGGGAAGGCCACUGGCGCCGCCCUUCAAGAAACAAGAUGGAGCAUCGUCAUGGGAUUGUGAAAGCUUUUCCCAAAGUCAAGCGAGCCAGAGUGUUACAAGGAAAGGAUGCACCCCCAGUAAAGAAGAGACUUGAAGAAUGUGAUACCACAGGAACCACUUUUGAUGGUGUCUCAGUGUACAUCCUGCCUGCUGGAAUAGGAAAUGCCAGAUGCCAGAUCUUUCAAAGACAAAUUCAGCAGAAUGGAGGACAGACGGAGAGUUCACUGUGUGCCAGUGUCACUCAUGUUGUUGUGGACGACAACAUGGACAGUGAUAGGGCACUACGCUUACUGAAAGUGGAUUGUAUGCCCCCUGGAGUCCAACUAGUGAAAUGCAUUUGGUUGAGCUCGUGCAUCAGUGAGAAACAACUGCUGGAUGUUGACAGCUACAGCCUUCUUCUCCCCAAGAGAGAAUCUGAAACACUACAUGAAAAUAUGAAAGAAGAGCUGCUGAAUAUCAAGCCCGCUGAUGGAACUAUUGCAGAGCCAGUGUUGGAUCAGACUGAGCAAGAGAAGACCAAAGACAUGACAGUUCCAGAAGACGGGGUUUCACAAAGCGACCUGGAAGCUCUCAUCACUGGCCAGCACCCCAAAGAGGAAACUCCUGACCUCGACCCGAGUCCAGACGCCGCUGCUCAGAAGGGGGUCUCAGGGAAUUGGGUCUGUGCCCAGUCCUCUCAGUCGAAAAAUAAUAACUUCAACAAAAACAUCACAGACAAACUAGAAGUGCUGGCCAAGGCCUACACACACCAAGGGGACAGGUGGCGGGCGCUGGGCUAUUCCAAGGCUGUCAACGCACUGAAGAGUUACCACAAGCCUAUUACAUCAUAUCAGGAGGCUUGUCAGAUCCCAGGAAUUGGUAAACGCAUAGCCGACAAAAUUGACGAGAUCAUGGAGAGCGGUCACCUGCGGAAACUCGACCACCUCGGGGAGGCUGUGCCAGUAUUGGAGCUUUUCAUUAACAUCUGGGGUGCAGGAACUAAAACUGCACAGCAGUGGUACCAGCAGGGGUUCCGCACAUUGGAGGACAUCCGCACAAAAGCCAACCUGAGUAACACUCAGAAAAUAGGACUCAAACACUACGACGACCUUUUAGACCGCAUGCCCAGAGAAGAAGCAGCAGCCAUCGAGAAAGUGCUGAAGAAUGCCGCCCAGGCCGUAGACCCAGGCCUGGUGGCGAUGGCCUGUGGCUCCUAUCGUCGGGGAAAGGCCACAUGUGGAGAUGUUGACAUCCUGGUAUCUCAUCCUGAUGGCAAGUCCCACAAGGGGGUGUUCAGUAAAUUGUUAAAGAGCCUCCAUGACAGCGGGUUCUUGACAGACGACCUGGUGAGCCACGAAGAUAACGGCAACCAGAAGAAAUACAUGGGCGUGUGCCGUUUGCCAGGACCCGGCCACCGCCAUCGCAGGCUGGACGUCAUCGUGGUGCCCUACGACGAGUUUGCCUGCGCUCUCUUGUAUUUCACCGGAUCGGCACACUUCAACCGCUCGAUGAGAGCGCUGGCAAAGACGAAACAAAUGAGCUUAUCGGAGCACUCGUUGAAUAAAGAUGUGGUGCGUCGGGGUAGCUUGAAGGUGAAUAGCGGCACUCCAUUCACUACACCGACAGAGAAGGAUGUGUUUAGUCUCAUAGGCAUACCGUACAGACAGCCUCCUGAGAGGGACUGGUGAGCAUUUUACAAUCACCAAACCGAUCCCAAUAUCGGGUUUUAAAGAAAAUCAUAUGAUUAUGAAUGAUGACAAUGCAAAGUGCAAUUAUGCAAUUAACAGACACUUUUAUGGAUGUUUUACUGCUCUACAAAUCAUGCAGGAGCCUUGGUUUACUUGAAUGCUGAUUUUAUUCUACAUAUUAAAUGCCUGGGUUCACUCAAAUACAAAACAAUUUAUGUUGUCCCAUAUUGUUUAGAUGUCCACCUCUAAAACUCCGGCUGCCACACUGAUACAAUUAAUUUAGUUGUAGGCUCUAGACCAUUUAAACAUUUUAAUUUUAAUUUGGUAGUGACAGUAUCCUCAGCCGAAGGUCGUCGGAGAACCCACAAAUUCUCUGCUAUUAGGUUUGACGAAUUACAAUAAUAUAAAAACCUGGCAGCAAAGGUUUUAAAGCCAAUUAUCUAAAACAAACUGGUGGACUAACCACAUAAAAGUGGAAGAAUAUGUGAUAUUGCAAGUUGAGUGAACUGGGCUUUUUAAAGACAUUUUAAUAUAGCAGAUGCCUAAACCUGUAUAUUUUAUAAAAGAUGAGUAAUGGCAAUAAACAAUAUCAAAGGGU